AAUAACAACCCAGCCUGUCUACAGCCCACUGCUCCCCAGCAACCCUACAAUAAGAACCCAGCCUCUUCACAGCCCCAGCACUAGAGGCAGGGAUCAGGGCGGGGGGCAGCAAGGGGCUCCCCCCAGGCAGUCAGGGCUCCCCAUUGCCCCAGGGCAGCGCUAGGGGCUGCAGGAAGCAAGGUGGGGGGCAGCCAGGGGUUCUCUCCGGGCAGUCAGGGCUCCCCAUUGCCCCAGGGCGGUGCUAGGGGCUGUGCUGCAGGGAGCGAGGUGGGGGGCAGCCAGGGGCUCUCUCCGGGCAGUCAGGGCUGGCCCGAUGCCCCAGGGCGGUGCGGGGGGCUUUGUAAGGGAGCAGUGACACCCCAGGCUGGAGGAGAUGGAGGGGGCGUCACACACACUUAGGUUGUGGCUAGUAAAGGACGCGCCGUAUAGCUGCUGUUUGCGGGCAGGGGAGAAGGUAGCAGAAAACACCCCCCACGAGCGGCAGCGGCUUUGUCGGUAUGGGGGCUGUUCACACUGGUGCUUUUCAUCGAUAAAACGUGACCUUCAGGCGUGUUCUCCUGACCUUGCUGCCGGGGACCCCCGCUCCCCGGCUCACUGCCAGGCUUGGCUCGGGGGUGGCAGCUGCGGGCGCAGAGCUGAGCAAGCAGAGAAGCUGAUGGUGUGAGGGGCGUGUGGGCUGCGGAGGCACUGAAAGCACGUGGGGAACCUGGGCCACUCAUCUUACAGCCCUGACGCCUGCCAGAGCCCAGAUCCCUCUUCCCCUGCCAGGAUGCUGCUCGCUCUGCUGCUCCUCCCCUGGGCAUGGGGGGCCCUGGCCGCCUCCCCUCCUGUCCCCACAGCAUCUGUCACCCUCCGGGUGCUCCUCACCUCCCAGUUCCACAACGCCAGCUCCACAGACACGGUGGGGAUGGCCCUGCUGGGCGACCUGGAGACCCACUCCCUGGCCUGCGGCACCUGCGAGAUCCGCUUCCUGCAGCCCUGGGCCCAGCAGGGCCUGACCCCGAAGCAGUGGCAGGACCUGGAGCUGCUGAUCCAUCACUACCUAUUCAACUUCAACCGGACUGUGAAGAGAAUAGCCCAGCAGCAGCGAAUGGGCUACCCCUUUGUUACCCAGGGCUCCAUUGGCUGCGAGCUGCACCCCAACAGCACCUCGAGGGGAUUCUAUGAUGCUGGACUGAACGGCGAGGACUUCAUCAGCUUCGACGCAGAUGCAGGGAAAUGGGUCGCUCAGCAGGCAGACAAGCUGGCGCUCUACGUCCGGGAUCUUCUGAACCAGGAUAAGGGCACAGCCAGCACGCUUCAGUUUCUCCUGAGAACAACGUGUGUCAAUGAGCUCAAUACCUUUGCCCAGUAUGGGAGAGAGUCUCUGGAGAGGCAAGAGAAGCCGGUCGCCGUGGUGUUUGCCCGAGCGCCUCCCCCAGCCGGGACCCCCGCGCCGGUACUGCUGGUUUGCCGGGUCACCGGUUUCUACCCCCGGCCCGUCCACGUGGCCUGGCUGCAGGAUGGGGAGGAGGUGGCACCGGGCGGGCGGCUGAACUCCAGUGGGAUCCUGCCCAAUGCGGACCAGACUUACCAGCUGCACAGCUCCCUGGCCGUGGAGCCGGGCGCCGGGCACAGCUACGCCUGCCGGGUGCAGCACAGCAGCCUGGGGGGCCAGAGCCUGCUGAUCCCCUGGGAGCAGAGCAGGCCCUGGAGCCCCGGCUGGGUCGUGGGCAUCACCCUGGGGGUUCUGUUCGCAGCCGCCGUGCCGUGCCUGCGGCCGUGGUGCUGUGGCGGAGCAGAUGCAGGGGCUACCAGGACGUUAGACCAGGGGAGCCCAGUGCCUGAGGGGGCAGCACCGGCCCGGGCGUGGGAGUCGGCCCCUCUCCUGGGGACUUGGACCUGUGCCCUGCUGUAAGCGAUUUGUCCUGAACCAGCACUCUCUGUUGAGUCCCACCAGAACCGCAUCGUUACUGCAGCUGAGUCAGCGGGAUCCGCAGA